AUCUUAAUUUUCUUGAUCAUUAUAAUAAGGUACCAUACUUAUUUUAGUUUUAAGAUAACCCUUUCAACAUUUGUUAUUCAUAUGUAGUUAAUGGUAGACCACCAAAUUCAGUGUUGUUUGUGAUAUGCAUAUUUCCAAUUCUGAGUCCUCUUCAAUUAAAAGAAAUAUAAAAGUAACUUUAGUAAUCGAUUGGAGGAAAACUCAGAGCCAACUGAACAAACAAUUGCCUUAUUUGUUAAAAGUUUGAGACCUUCCACGUCAAGAACAAAAUUCCAAGGGGCUUGUAGCUCAAUAGGCAUGGGCUGAAGUCUCAUGGACUAGGUUCUGAUGAUGCGAGAGGUUUGAUGCUUGCCCUUCCAUUAUAACCCAAAAAUAAAAUACCUUUGUCCCUUCUCUAAGGAGCCAAAUUAUGUGAUAUGAAGAAUUUCAUCAAAAUAAGCUGUAUAACAGAAGCCAUCAAUGCAUAGUUGCAUCCUACAAACUAUUUUGUCGGUCACCUGAGCCAUCUUACCAGCUCAGCAGCUCUAUAUGGACGUUACUUGGAUUUUUUUCUCUUAAUAGUUGGCUAUUGAUUCUAUAUUAGAAUUCGAGUUAGGUCUAACUUUACCCCAAAAUCUAGCUUAGAGUUGGGCCUCUACCCUUUAUAAGGACUUAUUUAUCGUAAGUCAAUGUUAAUCUUAUCUCACCCCUCACGCACAGAGCUGGAGAUCUAGAGCGUAGAAUUUUCAGGAAUGAACAUUUGCGGGUGGCCCAUAUAUAAGUGGUCUACAAUAAACGGAUCUAGGAUAGAUUUUGAUACCAUAUCAAAACUCAGUUAGGACUUAGGCCUAACUCUACCCCAAAAACUAGCUUAGUGGUUAUGGUUGCUCUACUCUUUAUAAGGACUUAUUUGAAUAUAUUUCUAGUGAACGUGGGACCUUAACCAGCCAUAUUUUGGUCAUUUACUUCUCUCAUUCAUUUAUCUUGUCUUGCUCUUUUUGUUUUCACUCUAAUUUGCUUUCCAGGAUUGAAGUAGGAAAUCUGAUUCUCUUCAAUAAGUCUCUGGUGUUUGAAGUUCAGGGAGUAAGGAGGUACGCUUCAUUCUUUGACAUGUUGGAGGCAGAAAGCCUUGAAAAAGUUCUUCCAGGAGUUGAAAGUGUUGAAGAAGGCAAUAAAUAUAGAGGACUAAAGUAUGAGGGAGUUCAAGGCCUUCUAGGUAUAAUUCAUACUACGGGGACAGUUCCUAAUGCACUUCCACCACCAAGAUCAUCUCUAUUAGCAUCAUUUAAUUUGCCAUGCAAUCCAAAUGCUCAGAAAUUAAAGUGAGGGAGAAUAUGAAUGAUUUUUCUCAUGUUCCUCCUGGGUUAAGGUUCCAUCCCACGGUUGAAGAACUUGUUGAUUAUUACCUCAGGAAAAAAGUUACUUCAAGGAGGAUCGACCUCGAUGUCAUCAAAGAUGUUGACCUCUAUGAGCCCUGGGAUCUUCAAGAGCUUUGCAGAUUGGGAAGUGAAGAACAAAAUGAAUGGUACUUCUUCAGCCAUAAAGAUAAGAAGUAUCCAACAGGAACUCGUACAAAUAGAGCAACAGCAGCAGGAUUUUGGAAAGCUACUGGAAGAGACAAAGCAAUCUAUUCUAAGCUGCAUGACCUGGUUGGGAUGAGGAAAACAUUAGUCUUUUAUGAAGGCCGAGCACCCAAUGGACAAAAAUCUGAUUGCAUCAUGCAUGAGUAUCGCCUUCAAACCAAUGAAUAUGCCACACCACAGGCAAGUUUCAAAAUAAAGAACCAGCAUAUAGUAUCCUUAGCUAGAUGAGCUCAUGUUUGUUUUAUUUGCCACUAUUAAAAUAAUAUAUA